AUGAAUACGACUGAAGUGCGAGAUAUUCUGCGCCAUCUGCGUCACAACAAGGCUUCUGGUGAGGAUGGUAUACCUGCAAAAGUAUAUAAAGCCGUGCCAGAUGUAUUCGCCUCGUGGGUGCAUUGUGCCUUCAAUGCGGUCUGGCUCUCUGAGGCCUACCCUGCCGAUUGGAGCGAGGCCAUCCUACUACCUUUUUUCAAAAAGGGUGAUAGGAGACUCUGCUCGAACUACAGAGGAAUCAGCCUCAUCGACGUGGUGGCCAAAGUAUUUGCAGUGCUUCUCCUGCGAAGAUUUCAAGGCAUUCGUGAUCUGCGAACUCGCCCGUCUCAGGGUGGCUACGGCCAGGCAGAGGCUGUGUUGAUCAGAUCUUCAGCCUGCGGCGCACCCUCGAACAACGUUGGACAUACCAGCAACCAACAGUCUUCUGCUUCGUCGACUUUGCGGCUGCUUUCGACUGCUUUCGUUGAUAGAGGCUCACGCUAG